AUGGUUGGAAGACUCGCUGGAAAGAACGCCGUUGUCACCGGCGCUGCUGGUGGUAUCGGGCUUGAAACUACGAUCCUCAUGCUCCGCGAGGGCGCCUCCGUCCUUAUGACCGAUAUCUCGGCGCAAGGCCUCGAAAGGGCCAUUGCCAAGGUUCACGAGGUCGUGCCACAGCACGACGGCCGGGUGGAAUACCGUGUCGUCGACGUGUCCAAAGAGUCCGAGGUGGAGGCCGCGGUGGCACAUCUCGAUUCCUGGGGCGGUCUGGACGUGAUGUUCAACAAUGCGGGGAUCAUGCAUCCCAAGGAUGGAGAUUCAGAGGAGACGCCAGAGGCUAUCUGGGACUUGACGAUGAAUAUCAACGUCAAGGGUGUGUGGUACGGCUCGAAACACGCGGUCAAGAGCUUGCGCAGACACGGCAAGAAGAAGGGCAGUAUCAUCAACACCGCUAGUAUGGUUGCCCUGGUUGGCGCGGCUACGCCUCAGCUUGCGUACACCGCCAGCAAGGGUGCUGUGCUUGCCAUGACUCGUGAACUGGCCAUCGUCCACGCUCGUGAGGGAUUCCGUUUCAACUCGCUGUGCCCGGCCCCUCUCAACACCCCGCUCCUGCAGGAUUGGCUCGGAGACGACAAGGAGAAGCGAUUCCGGCGCGAGGUUCAUUUCCCCUCCGGCCGGUUCGGUGAGGCGAUCGAGCAGGCUCAUGCCGUCAUCUUCCUGGCCAGCGACGAAAGCAGCUUCGUCAAUGCCGCAGACUUCGUAGUGGACGGCGGCUUGACCAAGGCUUAUGUGACCCCUGAGGGUCCUGCCACGGAAGCGCCUAAGAACCUGGGCUCGUAA